AUGAAAUUCCUUCGUAGGAUUGAUCAUCAACGCGGAGCAUUAGUUACGCAGUUCGUUCACUGCGAUGACUGCACAUAUCACGUGGAUUCGAACCGAAUCACCGAGACGGAUGGACAUUCUCUGGCCCCUUGUGCUAUGCGGUUCAGCCGAACGAGCGACGAGACACACCGACGUGACCCUGACGACGAUGACGACCAGAACGACGAUGGCUAA